AUGUAUAAGCAAGGGUGCUAUGAAGGGUAUUAUUAUAAAGACGGAGGCUGAUUGCCAUGUCAUGGAUCAUGAAAGACUUGUUCUGGCCCUUAUGAUUGAGACACUUGACAAGAUUAUAUGUUUUUAGAUCAAGAGAAGAUUCAUUUGGAUGACUACCACCCUGAAGGUGUUGAAGGAAAGCUUUGACAAAAGUGUCCAGAUGGUGACUAUUAUGAUAGAACAGGUGGAAUCUGAAGAAGUUGUGAUGGUAAAUGUGAUUUAGAGUGAGCUUACCAGGCGACUUGAUUUCAAUGAAAUGAAGGAGAAGUUUAUGAUUUUAUUGCCAAAAAGUGCACAAUGAUUUCAGAUUGCAUAUCUCCUAAACAUUUACUAUCAAGCUCACAAUUUUCUCUAAAGACAAUAUGAAGAACUUUAGAUUAUUAUGUGGACCCAUUUAGCUCUAAAAGCAUUGAACUUGGAACAGAAGAUUUCCCAUAUCGUUCUUUUACCACUUUGAGUUCUGAACUGGUGAAUCUAUAUUCAAAUUCUGAUUAUAAUAUCAGUAUUUACUCAAACGAUGCCUAUAUCGAACACGGAGGUUUUGUGAUUAUAAACAUGACUAGCAUCACAAUUGCUCCUAUUCCAAGAUAUCAACCGUUUCAACAUACAAGGUUAGUAAAAAAAUCUGAAAAUCGCCCAUUGCUUAUCCCGACCAAUUUCAAGCAGCAUGGAAUCACAGACCGAGCUCUUUUUCAUGUUCUCAAGCACGCUGAUGCCCAGAUUGAUAAGGUACUCACAGAAGGAGGAUUUACUACUUCAGAAACAGAUGCAUUUUCUUCUAGAGUUGCUACGAUGAGACUCCUUAGAACUUCUAUUGAAAUCGAUGGGAUUGACUUCUAUCGCGAAGAAAUAGACUAUAAUCAGCAAAGUCUAUUGAUAAGACCCAUUUACUUCCAAAACAGACUGUUAAAGAUAACUAACUGCAACUUCAAUGUGACAGGAAGUGGCAUCUACACUAAUGAUCCAUACAAUGUGCAUUUGGAAAACAUUGUGAUAGAAGGAUACAGUCUUGGCUGGUUCAUGAGUGACUAUCCUAUAAUUUGAAAUUAUCCAGAAGCCUAUUUAUUUGCUAGCCUCUAUGCCAAGAACAUUUCAUUUGUGCUUUAUAAAGACAAGACUAAAAUGGACAGCCUGGAAUUUAUAAAGUCGACAGGGCAUAUCAAUGUAACUAUUCAAGAUAUUGAUAUUGGCAAAUUUUAUGGAGUUUCACAAGAUGAAGUCUCGGCAAUGUCAACAUUGUUAACUGCUUAUUGAAUCCCAGACGACGAUUCUAUACAAACUGUAAAUUAUAAUGGAUUCAAGAGUCGGAUUGAUAACUUCAAUGAUCCCAUCCAAAAGUUUAUACUGAUAGUGUUUAUCUCAAUUAGGCCUCAUUACAGGCCGAUUAUUUACAAAAUUAAUGACUUCCAGUACUUUAACUAUAAAAGCACUAUGAAACCCCCUUUGUUUGCAGCUUUUUCCACCCCCAUUGACGAGUUCCACUUGUCAAACCUGCUUGUGCAAAACAGUACCUUUGUUGAUAAGCUGAUAGAGUUUUACAACAUCAGAGCUGUGAGUCUAACCAACCUGACUUUCAGCCAUAUCCCAAGUUGUCAGAGACUACUGCUAAUCAUCAAUUGUCUAAAUGUCACUAUAAAUGACGUGAUUGUACAGGAUUAUAUGACACCCAAGUUCAGAGUUUUUAAUGAUGUUUCUAUAACUGCCCUUCCCUCGACUGUGAUCUCAAUUAAAGGACUCUUGUUACAAUCGUGCUCUAUUUUGGCACUUCCUUUUGUGGAGGUUAUUGGCCAGCCCUUGAGACUUAGCAUCAGUUCAUGUAUGUACGAAGAUAUCUCAAUGUCGGAAAAUAGUCCUUUGUUUCGGCUCAGGUCAGUCUCCUCUUUCCAGAUGACCAACCAAAGUCUGCAUAGUGUAAUGGCCGCUCAAGGUAGCGAGUCAAGAAACUAUUUUGUUGAGGCAGAAGUGGUUACAUUUGGAGCAGAAGAAGUCUUAAUGGACAAAAUUGUGAUGGAAAAUGCUGAUAUUUCAUUGAUAAAAUGGGGAACAAUAAAGUCUGAAGCUGAGCAUAAAGGAUUCAAAGCCUCCAACAUUGCUAUCAGAGAUACUCAUUUCAAGGGUCCAAGAGCAAUUAUCUCCACUGAUGGGUUUGAAGCCUUCGAAGACAUUCAGGUAGUUUUCAGCAGCUUGAUCGUGACCAAUGUCAGCUUCGUAAGCUAUGGUAGAAUCAUGGAAUUCAACCACCGUCUAGAGGACAGUGUUGUUGUGAAAGAUUCAAUAUUCCAAGAUAUUUCAUCAGCAAGUAUUUAUAUUGAAUCUAAUGCUGAGACAGACUCAAGAGUGAAAACCAAACUAAAAAUACAAAAUUGUACUUUUGGAAAUAUACAAAACACUAUCAAGCCAUUAGUUGAGGUUAUCACGAACGGGAAUGUUGAAGUUAUUUCUAGCAACUUCUCGGAGAUUACUUCUAUCGGUGAGAGAUUUGGGAUCAUCAAUCUGAAAGACAGCUCAGUUGGACUAUUUGUUCAGUGAAUAUUUGCUGCAAAUUCAGCUAUGACUUCAUCAAUAUUUAUAGUUGAAUCGAAGUCAACACUUGAUUGUUUUCACUGAGAAAUACAUUCUAAUUUUGCACUCAAAUAUGGAGCUUUUGAAGUUACUUCAGGAAGCAAGAUUUCUUUCAAAAACUCAUCACUCUACAACAAUUUUGCGAUCCAAAACCCAGUUGGAUCAAUAUUAGAAACAGUAGAAGCUUCUGAGUUUACAAAUUGAUCAAUCUAUGACAACUCCUAUCUAACAAAUGAAGAGGUAAUAGAAGAGAUACAAGCAGGUUGUGAUAAACUCUGUAUGAUCAGCCAUCAACUCAAGCAGCAUCUCAAUCAAAAUAUAGAUGUAGUCAUCAAUACAGAAAAAUCCAAGUAUGCCAUCAGUGUAAUUACUGGUUCAAUUGAGAUCAGUCAAGGGACUCAAAUUCAUACCCAGGCAUAUCUGAUGAACUGCUUCUUAUCUGCUGCUAAGAUUUCUGAAGUAUUCAUAUACUCAAUCGUGUUUUCAAAUUUCCACAUUGUAGCGACUUCAUCAAAUUUGACAAUUGAACACUCAGCUCUUUCUUCGUUUGACAGUACAGAAAUUGGAUCAAUUCUUGGAGUGUCUCAGUCAAUUCUGCAUGUAGAAAAUCUUACUUAUUCAAAGUCAAAUUCAAUGCUUUUGCUAGCUUCUUCUGCUGAAGUGUAUGCAGAUAACCUUGAGUUCAAUGAAAUAAUAGGACCAAACACUUUGAUAGAUAUAUACAGAUCUCCAAGAUCCCAUUUAAGCAAAAUUCAUGUCCAGAAAAGCUCUAUCCUUGAAAACAAAAUGUUCAAGAUUGUUAAAUCUAAUCAGCUUAAGAUUUCAAAUAUGUCUGUUUCAAACUACAACAAGACCUUGUUUGAAAUUAAAGACUCAAAUGUUGAACUUAUUGAAUAUCUAAGUGUAUCCUACUAUUAUAGAGCCAUCGAACUCAUUAGCAGCAAAGUAGAGCUGAUUGCUCACUCAAGUUUUGAAUAUUGUGGUAAUGAAGAAUUAAUAUAUGGUGGAGGCGUGCUAGUUCAUAACAGUAAUGCAACUUUGCUAAAUACAACAUUUACACAAAACAAGGCAGUAUCUGGAGCAGCAGUUGCUUCACUUUGAUCAGAUGCUACUAACUGUGGUGUUGAAAUUCUGAAUUCUGUCUUUCAAUCGAACUCAGCAACCGAGAGAGGUGGAGCCAUCUAUUACAACUAUAAACCUCCAUCAGUUGAUAAAGAGACAGUGUUCAUUAAUAACACAGCCCAGUACGGAAAUGAUUUUGCGAGCUAUCCUGUGAUGAUAGGUCUCUCUGAUAGCAAUUCAUUUGACAACAUUGUGAUUGACCAAGUGUCGUCCGGAAUAAAAAUAUCACAACAAUUGAGUUUAGCUAUCUACGAUGGAAACAAUCAAGUCAUGGUUUUAGACGACUCAAGUCAAAUCAACAUCGUGGCUGGAAGCAUGAAUACCUCGAUGAAAGGCUAUAAUGUUGAAAGAACUGUUAAAGGAGUUACUGAGUUUUCAAAAUUAGUUCCAGUUGCGGAGCCUGGAACAUCCAAUGUCAAAUACAAAAUUUCAUCCAAAUCUAUUAAUAAAAACAAAGUCAAGAAUGCUUUCAAUGACUCUGUGGUUCAGCCAGAAAUUAUCAUCAAUUUCAGUUACUGCAAGCCUGGAGAAAAAAUUAUUGAUGGCCAAUGAUACGAGUGACCAGCAGGCACGUAUUCAUUCAAUUGGAACUCAACACAAUGCCACCAGUGAGGAGACAAUGCAUCUUGACUUGGAAAGCAACAAAUGGAAGUUGCUAAAGGCUACUGGAGAAGAUCCACAAAUUCAACAAUGAUUGUGGAAUGCAUUAGAAAAGAAGCUUGUGAUGGAGGUUAUCAUCCAGAAAAUGAAUACCCAACCCAGUGAACAACUGGCUAUGCUGGUAAAUUAUGAUCCAAGUGAGAAAUUUCUGAUGGCACAAAAUAUCAGGAGGUUGAUGAUUUUGAGUGUCAGGUUUGCCCUGAUCCUAUAAUGAAUGCUAUCAGAGUUAUCGGAUUGAUCAUCAUAAUGUUUAUAUUCAUGAUGGUUACUAUUGUUUCCAAUGUUAUGAAAACAACUGAGAGUGAGUUCUCAAUUCUGUUGAGAAUACUUACAAAUUAUUUGCAAAUUAUCACCACUUCAAUGUCGAUGACAACAAAGUAUCCAUCAUCUUUGACUGACAUCUUCCUGCCACUAAAUAGAAUUGGAGAUUCUUCUCGGCCUUUCUUAUCAUUCGAUUGUUUCAUCACCGAUUAUGAGAUAAAAGGUCCCUUCGAAUCCAACGCAAUCUUGAAACUUUUCUUGAUGCUGUUCUUGCCUCUGGCUUUGUUCUGAGUUGUUGCUUUAAUAUGGGCACUGAUAGUUAUGAUGAACAGACACUGGGUCAAAGACCCCAAGAGGAACUUGAUUGUUUCGCUUACAAGUAUUAUGUUCAUAUUGCAUCCAAAGCUCACUGAAGCUGGAAUCAAUGCAUUUCAAUGAGUGACCGCAGAUAAGACUCUGCGAUUUGUUAGAAUUGACACAGACAUCGAAUGAUAUUCUCUAACUCACAUCAAAUGGUUACUAUUAUUAGCUUUUCCCAUUCUUGUAAUCUGGGUUGUAGGAAUUCCAGCUUUAGGCUUGCUGAUUCUGUACAAAGCACACAAAUCAGAUAGUAACAAAAUGAUUGGUUACUUCUUGAUUCUCCAUCAAGGACUAAAUGACAAAGAGUUUUAUUGGGAAUUUGUGAACACUUUGAGAAAAAUACUGAUUGUUAUAUCAUUCUUGUUUCCUAACAACUUCAAAAUAGGACUGUCUCUUAUUGUCAUGGUAGCCAGUGAGAGAUUAGAAAGAAGAUUUAGGCCAUACAAAGAUGAUGCCAACAACAAUCUAGCUCUACUUUCAACUGUUGCAGGAAUUGUGACUCUCAAUGCUAGUUAUGUUUUCGAACAAGAUGUAAAUAUUGAUAGCCUCGAUUCUAUAAUCCUUGUGAUAAUUAUCUGGAUCAACAUGAAGUUCUGCCUUGAGUGGUUCUGACUAUGUCUUAAAUGAUUCCAAAGCAAGAACAAGUUAACUAAAUAUGCAUAUUUGAUAACUGCCAAACUCUUAUGAAAACAGAUAUCAGACAAAGAAACUUCUGAGAAUGACAAAGUUGUACCAAAACAAGAGAACCUUCCUCAAACAUCGAAGCCUAAAAAUGUGAAGAAGAGAUACAGAAUCAAAAAGAAGAGAGUGAAAGGAAGAACGAAACAUAAGAGAAUAUUCCACCAACCCAAAAAUAUGUUUGAGCAAGCACAUCAGCUAAAUAUAUAGAUCAAAGAGUAAAGAUAAGAAUUUACAGAGGAAUGAUUUUGUCAAAGUGCUUAAUGACACCUCACUUAGAGUAA